UACGUGAGGCGCGGGCGCGAUCAAACAGCUGUAUAUUCAGGGGACUUGCCUCAUCGCCAUGGCAUCGGUUCGUGAUCAGGUCAGAUUACGUCAGAGUUUGUUGCCGUUUGUUGGAAAACUGUUCACACCGCGCAGACAUUCCACGACCCGACAAACGCAGAUUAAACAUGUUCAGUCGGGUGAAAACCGACUCCGACCAACGCCAACAAACGCCAACAGACGCCAACAGGGUUAUCACACCGAUCCAACAAACUCCAACAGACGAGUUUGUUGGCUGUUGUCGGGGCGGUGUGAAUUGGCCUAAAAAAGGUCAGUGAACUGGUUCAAUGUGGAGAUAGGGCAGGUUUUGCCUACACUGCAGGCAUCUAAUGUCCCCACAAAGACAGUAAAACCUCAAAUCACCUACAUUGUGAGAAAGAGCAAAGUGUACCCAUGAGGAAACCAGCUUAAUAAGCCAAGUCUUUAUGAAAAUUAAACAUGUAGAAAGAUUAAUGUGAUGGUUAGGUUGAGGUUUGGGGGAAAGAAAAUAUCAUUUGCUCAGCGGCAUAAAAAAAGAACAAGUCAUCAAGUCAUUCUAACAGACUACACAAAAAGACAAAACUAAAAACUGAUCCUGGAUCUGCACGAAGCUACACAUCCAUGCCUGCUUUGCUUCAUGAACUCAUGUCAGCAUGCCACCGCCCGAUGCUCCGUUCGACCAUGGUUAUUGUGGUGACACUCACGCUGUAUCUUCUAGGUAACGCUUGCCUUCAGAACGGCAGCAGGCGUGGCAUUACGGCACGGCUCAAGAAGCUGUUCCUAUGCUCUUCUACCAAAGCACCAUCCACCAGUACACAAAAUAGUGUUGAGGAUGAACUGGAGCUUUCUGCUGUACGGCAUCGACCAGAAGCUCUGGAGCUGCUGGAGGCUCAAACGCGUUUCUCACGCAAAGAGCUUCAAAUCCUUUACCGGGGCUUCAAGAAUGAAUGCCCCAGUGGUGUGGUCAAUGAAGACACAUUUAAGGAAAUCUACGCUCAGUUCUUUCCACAGGGAGAUGCAUCAACGUAUGCACAUUUUCUGUUCAAUGCGUUCGACACCGAUCACAAUGGCUCUGUCAGUUUUGAGGAUUUUGUGAUGGGUCUUUCCAUUCUCUUACGAGGCACCGUUCAAGAGAAGCUUAACUGGGCAUUUAACCUGUACGAUAUUAAUAAAGAUGGAUAUAUAACAAAAGAGGAAAUGUUAGAUAUCAUAAAGUCCAUCUAUGACAUGAUGGGGAAAUGCACAUAUCCCACACUUAAAGAGGAAACUCCACGACAGCAUGUGGAGAUAUUUUUCCAGAAAAUGGACAAAAACAGGGAUGGCGUGGUCACUAUAGAUGAAUUUAUAGACUGUUGUCAAAAUGAUGAGAACAUCAUGAGAUCAAUGCAGCUUUUUGAGAACGUCAUUUAACAUCUGAAUGGACUCUGUUGGCGGGCCAGCUCACAUAACCACCUUUAUACUCCACAAACGCAGAAGUCCUCGAUGAGACACGUCUGAUUACUAGCAGUGAUUUAUCCAUAAACCAAAUUUAACAGCAUUUUUAAUAUCAAAGAAAAAUUAUUUUUUACAUUUUUGUCAUAUCCUUUUCCUGUAAAAAAUAAUAAUAGACCUUUAUUUAAAGUACAGCAAUUUAUGGAAGCUUGUUUCCACCACAGAAUAAAAAAAUAAAAAAAGUAAUUGUGACUUUUUGUCUCACAAAUCUGACUUUUUUUCUCAGAAUAGAGAUAUAAACUUGCAAUAGAGUGCAACAGUGCCCUUCCCAUUUUACAGCAGCGCUGGUUCCGGAAGUAUUUUUUCCAUUCAUUUCUUCCAUAGGGAUUUCAAAAAAGUCUUUGUUAAAGCAUUAUAAGUCAUGAACCAAGCCAACCAGCUACGAGGUGAAUCAUGACAUUACAAAUUUUGAUUUGAAGCAAAAAAGUAUUUGAAUAUGAGACAAAAACAACUUAAUGGCUUUAGUAAGAGAAAGAACUACAAUUUUU